AUGGCGACGCGCCCAUCCGAGCCCGCAUCGAAACCUUACGCUUCUGCAUCUUCGUCCACUUUAGAUUUCAUGCCCGAGAUCAAGACGGAGAACCCACCGGCCCAUGCCGGGGACGGGGACGAGUCAGCGACAGCGACGCCGUUGGAUGUCGAAAAAGAGGCCGAAUCCCAGCAACAGCAGGAGGUGCCCGUCACGCCUGUGCCUGUACGCGGUUCAGCAGACGAUCUGGUCGAAUUCGAUGGACCAGAUGACCCCGAAAACCCAAAGAACUGGUCCGUCAUGAGGAGAUGCACCAUCACUGCUGCCAUGGGAGCCAUGACCUUUGUGGUCACCUUCGCCAGUUCCAUCUAUAGUGUUGCCAUUAUACCCGUGGCCCAUGAAUAUGAUAUCUCCAACGUCACUUCUGUCCUCGGCGUUUCUCUCUUUCUACUCGGCUUUGUGUUUGGACCCAUCCUGUUCGGGCCUGCAUCUGAAGUAUUUGGUCGACGAGUCCCGCUGUUCGCCGGUUAUCUUGUAUUUGCCAUUUUCCAAGUUCCCGUCGCCGUCGCUCGGAAUGUUGAGACCAUCAUGCUUGGCCGAUUCUUUGGAGGGUUCGCUGCAUCCUCCCCUCUAGCUGUCGUCGGAGGUGCCCUGGCCGACAUCUGGGGCCCCAUUGAGAGGGCGUACGCCGUUUGCAUCUUUGCAGCAGCCGCCUUUAGCGGACCGGUAGCAGGCCCGAUCAUUGGCGGCUUUGUGACCCAGUCACAUCUCGGUUGGCGCUGGACUGCGUGGAUCACCCUCAUAAUGGCUGCCCUUUUUGGAACCAUCGGUCUCAUCAUCAUCCCCGAGACUUCAGCUGCCAGCAUCUUGCAAGCAAAAGCGAAGCGACUGCGACACGAGACCAAGAACUGGGCAUUGCACGCAAAAGCCGACGAGAAUGAAGUCAGUCUACGGACUAUGAUGACAGUGUACCUGAUCCGGCCAUUUGUCAUGUUUGUACAGGAGCCAAUCCUGGCUCUAAUCACCGCAUACAUGAGCUUUGUGUACGGCAUUCUAUAUCUGUUCUUCGAAGCCUUUCCGAUCUCGUUUCAGGAGGAACGCGGCUGGAAUGAAGGAGUGGGAGCCCUUCCCUUCACCUCUUUCAUUGUCGGCAUCGCCAUGGGCACCGGCCUGAUUGCCUACUCCACGAGAACGAAUUUCACCCGUGCGUUUGUGAAGCAGGGAAAGAUCAUCCCGGAGGAACGACUGCCGCCGAUGGUCGUGGGAGCAGCCGUGUUGCCGAUCGGCCUGUUCUGGUUUGCAUGGACCUCCAACCCAAACAUUACGUGGGUCCCUCAAGUCCUCUCCGUUGCUCUGCUUGGUGGGGGAUGUCUGGUCGCGUUCUGGCAAGGCAUGAACUACAUCAUUGAUUGCUAUGGAUUCUAUGCCAACAGUGCCAUUGCAAUCAACACUUUUGUUCGCUCCAUUGCCGGGGCCGGUUUCCCUCUGUUCGCGUCCGCCAUGUAUCACAACUUGGGGGUCCCGUGGGCUACUUCGCUUCUGGCAUUUCUCUGCCUCGCUUUUGUCCCAGUGCCCAUCCUCUUCUACAAGUAUGGCGCGGUGAUCCGGCAGAAGUCGAGGUUUAGGCCGACCAUGUGA